ACUGUCUUCAUGCAUUCAAUUGCCUCUAAAGUAUACAUAUUGUAACAGGAAAAUAUUAAAUACAUAUUGAUCACUGCUUAAUUAUAUAUGUUAUACCUCAUUGAAAAUUCUCAGAGAAUACACAGCUGUUAACUAUUAUAUUUAGUGAUUUACAGAAAUUAGUGUUAAGUGAGAAACGAGUAUGGAAUUCUAUUAUAACAUCCUACUGUAUUCGAUAUUCUUUCAAUCUGUUCACACCCACUGCACGGAUUAUUAUAUGCUGUUUGAAAUGGAUCCACAUACUUUGAAGCCUAUAUUUAAUUCAUUGGACAAUUGGGAUGAAAUAGUAUGCCGUCCAAAUUCAAUUGACUUGAAAACAAUUGACAGGAACUGUAUAGUUACAAUGAAUUGUUUGAACAUUACUAUAUGUGAAAAUAAUUCGGGAACCAUGUUGAUCACAGAUCCAUUUGAAUAUUUAACUCCUAAUAAUACAUCACCAAGUAAUCUAACGGAAAUAUAUAAAAGCAAAAUUAUAAAUUUUGAUUACGCAACAACAGAAUCAGUUGAAGAUACAAAUAAUAUAGAAAGUACAAGUGAAAUUUAUUCUGAAACAGAAAGUUCCGAUGUUAUAUUGGGUAAAACGUCAAUAUUAACAAGUACAGAUUACUAUAAUAAUAGUAUAGAAAUAACUACAGAAAACAAUUUAUGGACCAAUAUAGAUAGUACAAAAGAAAAUACUCAAGACAAUGUAAAAGAAGUUACAACUACGGAAAGUAUCACAGAUAUAAUUAAUGAUAUAAUAAACAAUGCAUCAAUUACAAGAAAUAUAUUAGGAGAUGAAGAGAAAUUGUCUGCAGAAAAAAAGGCGAGACAAUUAGUCAUACUAUUAGCUAUACUUGGAGUUGGUGCUGUUUCUACUGCCUUAAUAUAUUUAGCUGCAAGAAAAAUUAAAACGAUACUACAGUCUGGGACUUACAGAUUGCCCAAUCCAUAAUACUAAUGUAAUUGGAUGGAGUGACGUCAUCUGCCUAUUUUGUGAGCCACGACCACGGCACACAAAUUUAAUACAUUUUAAGAAAUAUGUAAACCAAAGACUUAUUUAUUUGUAGUACUAAAGUUAAAUUGAGUAUUGAUAUACAAAUAUAUUUAUAUUUAAUGGCAA